AGUUUAUUAUGUGAUUACCUGGAGAGAGAAAAAAGUUUUCUCUUAUUUAAAUUGUUCUCCACCGAUAAUCAGAAUUGUUUUUACUUCUUGUGUUCCAAUUUGAUUGAGUCAAGUUAAUUUUCAUUUUCCUUUUUAAUCAACUAAAUUAAAUUUCUUAUUUCUUUAUUUUCGCUUGGCUCGAAAAUCUAAUAAAAUGAAUUGGAUAACAAUCAUUUUAAUCAUUGGAUUAACUGUUAAUCAAAUCAAUGGACGAAAAUCAGAUAAUGAUAAAUCAUCUUCCAGUGAAAAGACAAGUAGUGAAGACUCGAAGGUAAAGAAACCGUAUCAGUUUGGUUAUGAGAUCGAAGAUGGUCAAGGUAAUAUGCAACAUCGACACGAGCAUUCAGACGGAAGUGGGGCUAAGGUUGGUUCUUAUGGUUAUGUUGAUGCUAACGGAAUCUACCGGAAGGUUGAAUAUAUUGCCGAUGAUAAAGGUUUUCGAGUGAAAAUGUCCUCCAAUGAACCGGGAAUGAAGGAUAUCAAUACACCUUCGAUAUCUAUGGUUACCAAACCCUAUUCGACAAAUGACCUGGAAGCUCCAAGUACACCAUCUCCUCCGGUGGUUCCUCGUCCUGUACCUGCUGGAGAUGAAGAGGGAAUGUACAAUUCAUUGGAAAGAGAAUCAAGUCGACUUUCACCAUCAAAAUCUUCGGACACUGAGUAUCGUUCGAAGCCCAAACUUCACUUGGAACCCAAACACCACGAUUAUCUUUAUAAUCCAAGAAUCUCUCCAUCUUCCUCGAAAGAGAUUGUCCAACAACGACCAUCAUCACUCUACCCUCACUCACUGACCAUUUCUAAACCUUCUUUCUUGACCUCUCACGAAAAUAAACCAUCACCAUCAUCAGCUGAGUCUCACUAUUCACCACCAUUAAAACCUUUACACUCUUCCGGUGAAGCUAAUUCACUUUCUAAUUCUGGUGAGAUUUCAUUUAGAUCUAAUCAACGUCCAGUUUUCUCUCAACAAUCUUUUACACCAUUGAAAUCGAUGGAAGAUAAAUCAAAAGAAUCUUUAUCCUCUGAGAACAAUUUAAAUUCAAUUGAUCUAAAUCGACAUAAAUCGCUUCCCUAUUCACAAUACGAUCCAAUGAAACGAGAAAAGGAGAAAGCACUCAAUCAACAAUUAACUAAAUCCAUGAAAGCACCUUAUGAAUUAGAUGAUCAUUUCCACCCAAAUGUUUACCAUUCCAACAACAAUCAACCAUCACACAAUUUCCCACUGCCAACGCCUAAAGAGGAUGCACCAAUUAAAGAUCAUCGGUUCACAGCUCCAUCGAAAUGGACGAAACAUGAAGACGAUCCAAAGAGAAAAGAAAUCAUUGAUAAGCCCAUUUAUCCGAUAGCGAGUCGUUACCACCACGAACCAAUGUCCAAAUACUCUGGACCAAUGCACCUUAAAAACAAUCCUUAUACUGGUUACCAGGUUAAGGAGGCACCAAGUCAACUUCCCUCUCCGCCAUUAUCAUCGCGUCCAUAUGAUUAUCGUGAGACAACAUCGCCACUUCCUCCUCGAUCGGCUGGAUAUUUGGCCACAGAAUUGCCUCUUCCACCACCAAGAUCAAAUAACUAUGAUAGUUCACACGAAACACAAUUACCACCUCCACCUUCAUCACCUCCACCCAUUCAUUCAAGUAUCUACCAUGUUGAUGAUCAUUCAUCUCAUGAGACACCCGAUUCUCGGGAACGACCUCAUCACUUUUCCUCUUCAUCAGCUCCUCCUUUUGAACCUUCAAGACUCAAGAGUGAAUCUUAUUCAGACUUGUUACCAUUACCACCUCCAUCAUCAUCUCACCCUCACUCUCCACCACCACCACCACCAAUGCAUCAAUCAGAUUUCCAUGGACCACCAAGAAAACGACCUGCCGCUUAUCCACCACGACCUGAAAUCCCAGACACUCAUGAUUCCGAAUCAAAUUUACCACAAGUUAUUUACGAUUCAAGGGAAUCAGAAUCAGCUGAACAUGGAGGUGGCCCAUCGUCCGAACGACAUUAUCCAAUCAAUAACAGAAAUUCUGAUCAUCCAGAUCAUGAUUGGUACUCAGUUGAUGGCGACUCAAGACACCAAUCACCACCAUCACCUCGACAAUCAUCAUAUCCUCGUGGAGGUGAUAAAUUUAAUGGAAAAGAUGAAUCAGUUUACAUUAAUAAAUUACCUUACAAUUCAAUGGAAACUCAAACUAAACCAACUUACCCAUUAACUAAUGACUUCGUUAGAACCAACAAUGUGCCAACAAUUAACGCUCGUUAUCCUCGACAUAAAAGUAACGAUGAAAAUGAAUCAACUGAAAAGAAAGAUAAACAAUUAAGAGGAACAUCAUCAGAAAUUUAUUCCAAUUUUAAAACUGGAUUAAGAGGAUUAUUCAAUCAAAUGAAUCGAGAUAAAAACAAUCCAUACACAGAAUUGAAAAAAGAUGAACAAUCAAUUAGUAAUCAUCUAACUAAUCAACAACCACCACCAUCAUCAUCAUCAUCAUUAACCAAAUCAUCAGAUGAAAUAAUUUCUAAACCCAAACAAUUAGCAAUAACUAAAUCAUCACCAUCAAUAUCAAGUGAAGAUACCAAAUCAAAUGCUCCAGUUUAUCGUGAUUAACAAAUGAUCACAUUUUGAUUUACUUAAUUUAUUAUAACAAAAGAAAAAUUUCUCCAAAUCCUAAUCUUAAAUCAAUACAACAAUUAAACCUAAACAUAUCCCUAUGUCUUUACAUGAUGAGAAUUAUAAUUAAAAAAGUGUUAACUUGUGAUUAACCGAUUGUCAAUCAACCAAUUUGUAAAAUCAUGAUUAAAAGACUAACCAAUUAAAAGAGAUUAAUAGAAGUAAAAAAAAAGAGAUAAUAAUCCAUGUUAAUGAUUGACUGAAAAUGUGGAGAAAUAACUAAUCAAUUACUUGAGAG